UAGCUAACUUAUUAUUACCCCUCCCCAUUUGUUGAGGAACCCAACUGGGAUAGCGCUCCAAACAUUCUUGACAGAAACUUUCAUAAAAGUAGCGGAUUUUCAUUGUAUUCCAACGUGCAUCGAUACGCGUAUGCUUUGGGUUUUAAUAGUGGUCAAACAUCUCGUCAGGUUCGUUUCUUACCACUCUCAAGGGAGUGGCUUUAGUUAGGGAAGAGAAAAACUUCCAAGCGCAGAAAGAAUUCCCGACUCCAUUCCACCAUUUUGAGACGUUUUUUUGAGCUGUUUUAAAGAGGAUUGUAUUUCGUAAACAAGUGAACAUGACCGCCAUAAAUACGGCCAACAUCAACUUCAAAUGGGACCCAAAGAGCCUGGAGAUCCGCACUCUGGCUGUGGAGAGGCUGCUGGAGCCCUUGGUCACACAGGUAACCACCCUUGUGAACUCCAGCAACAAGGGGCCCUCUGGGAAGAAGAAGGGUCGCUCCAAGAAGGCCCAUGUAUUGGCUGCAUCUGUGGAGACCGCUACCCUGAACUUCCUGGAUAAAGGAGAGAAGAUUGCCAAGGAGAGUCAGUUCCUCAAGGAUGAGCUUACUGCAGCCGUAGAGGACGUCCGCAAACAAGGGGAAUCCAUGAAGCAGGCGUCAGGGGAAUUUGCGGAGGACCCCUGUUCAUCUGUGAAGAGGGGCAACAUGGUCCGUGCUGCCAGGGCCCUCCUGUCAGCCGUCACUCACCUGCUGGUCCUGGCCGACAUGUCCGACGUCUACAAGCUGCUGCUGCAACUGAAGCUGGUGGAGGAGAACCUGGGGAAGUUGCGAGGCGCUUUAACAGAGCAGGACCUGGGCAUCCAGUACAAGGCCCUCAAACCAGAGGUGGACAAACUCAACAUGAUGGCUGCCAAGAGACAACAGGAGCUGAAGGACGUGCAUCAUAAGGACCAGAUGGCGGCAGCUCGUGGUGUCCUGCAGAGGAACAUCCCUAUGCUCUAUACGGCAUCACGCGCCUGCCUGCAGCACCCCGACGUCGCUGCCUACAAGGCGAAUCGUGACCUGAUCUACAAGCAGCUGCAGCAAGCAGUCUCCGGCAUCUCCAACGCCGCCCAGGCCACAGCUUCGGACGACGCUGCCCUGAACCACCCACCCGGAGGAGGGGAGCUGGCCUACGCGCUCAACAACUUUGACAAGCAGAUCAUUGUGGACCCCCUGGCUUUCAGCGAGGAGCGUUUCCGCCCGUCUCUGGAGGAGCGCCUGGAGAGCAUCAUCAGCGGUGCCGCCCUCAUGGCCGACUCGUCCUGUACCCGUGACGACCGGCGUGAGCGCAUCGUGGCCGAGUGCAACUCCGUCCGCCAGGCCUUGCAGGACCUUCUGUCUGAGUACAUGGGCAAUGCUGGCCGGAAGGACCGGAGUGAUGCUCUGAACACUGCCAUCGACAGGAUGACCAAGAAGACCCGAGACCUCCGCAGACAGCUUCGUAAGGCGGUUAUGGACCAUGUCUCUGACUCGUUCCUGGAGACCAACGUCCCUCUGCUGGUUUUGAUUGAAGCGGCCAAGAACGGGAAUGAGAAGGAGGUGAAGGAGUAUGCCCAGGUGUUCCGUGAGCAUGCCAACAAGCUCAUUGAGGUGGCCAACCUGGCGUGCUCCAUCUCUAAUAAUGAGGAAGGAGUGAAGCUGGUCCGUAUGGCAGCAUCACAGCUGGAGACACUCUGCCCCCAGGUGAUCAAUGCUGCACUGGCGCUAGCUGCUAAGCCCAAUAGUAAAGUUGCCCAGGACAACAUGGACCUGUUCAAAGACUCCUGGGAGAAACAGGUCCGUGUCCUCACAGAUGCUGUCGAUGACAUCACUAGCAUCGAUGACUUCCUCUGUGUGUCAGAGAACCACAUUCUGGAGGAUGUGAAUAAGUGUGUGAUCGCGCUGCAGGAGAAGGAUGUCGACGGUUUGGACCGCACUGCUGGGGCCAUCCGUGGGCGUGCUGCCAGAGUGGUCCAUGUGGUCACCUCAGAGAUGGACAACUAUGAACCUGGAGUUUAUACCGAGAAGGUUCUUGAGGCCACCAAACUUCUCACUAACACUGUCAUGCCUCGCUUCACGGAGCAGGUGGAGGCUGCGGUGGAGGCCCUGAGUGCAGACCCCUCCCUGCCCGUCGACGAGAACGAGUUCAUCGACGCCUCCCGUCUGGUGUAUGAUGGAGUUCGUGACAUCCGCAAGGCUGUCCUCAUGAUCAGGACUCCGGAGGAGCUGGAUGACUCUGACUUUGAGACCGAGGACUUCGAUGUGCGAAGCCGGACCAGCGUUCAGACCGAGGAUGACCAGCUGAUCGCUGGCCAGAGCGCCAGGGCUAUAAUGGCCCAGCUGCCUCAGGAGCAGAAGGCAAAGAUCGCUGAGCAGGUGGCCAGCUUCCAGGAAGAGAAGAGCAAGCUGGAUGCUGAGGUGUCCAAAUGGGAUGACUCUGGCAAUGACAUCAUUGUCCUGGCUAAACAGAUGUGUAUGAUCAUGAUGGAGAUGACAGACUUCACCAGGGGUAAAGGUCCACUGAAGAACACCUCUGAUGUCAUCAGUGCCGCCAAGAAGAUUGCCGAGGCUGGAUCUAGGAUGGAUAAACUGGGUCGUACCAUCGCGGACCAGUGUCCAGACUCGGCCUGUAAGCAGGACCUGUUGGCGUACCUGCAGCGUAUUGCCCUUUACUGCCACCAGCUCAACAUCUGUAGUAAGGUCAAAGCUGAGGUCCAGAAUCUGGGAGGAGAACUGGUGGUCUCUGGGGAGGUUUCCCAAGCAUUCCUAGAGAGCCAGGUGGACAGUGCCAUGUCUCUGAUCCAAGCAGCGAAGAACUUGAUGAACACUGUGGUGUCCACGGUCAAGGCUAGCUACGUGGCGUCCACCAAGUACCAGAAGUCCAUGGGCAUGCAGUCCCUGAACAUGCCAGCUAUUUCCUGGAAGAUGAAAGCUCCAGAGAAGAAGCCCCUGGUCAAGAGAGAGAAGCAGGAAGACCGAUCCAACAACAAGAUGAAGAGGUCAUCCCAGAAGAAGGUUGUCAACCCUGUCCAGGCCCUCAGCGAGUUCAAAGCCAUGGACAGCAUCUAGUGAUGGAUUGUUGGUUAUUUAGGGAUAGUGUCUGCCUUACAAAUGACACUCUAUUCCCUAUUAAUGUGCACUGCUUUUCACCAGAGCCUCUUGGUGGCUCCCCAUUAUGUUGGGAAUGGAGUGCCAUUUAGAACACGGUCUGUUGAGGGGAAGGAGAUGUAAUACCAGUGGAGACUAGUUUAACUUCAGGACGUGUAGAUGUUGCAGAUUCUUUUUUAGUCAUGUCAGAACGGCUGAGGGAGGGAAACAGAAUAUUUUUUUGAUAGCAUUCCUUGUUUCAUUUCUGUGCCUAGUCAAGCUUUCUGGUUUGAUUUGAUGUUGCUGUGCUCACUGUGGUAUAACACUAAGGCAGAACUACAUACACAAAGGUCCAUGUGACUCUUUAAAUUCAUACCCCUGUGAUUUGAAUGAUGUCAAAUUAUUGUGUAAAUUAAUGGCUUCUACUGGAAAAUAACCCAAUUGGAGAGGGAGAAAAGCAACUGGACAAAAAGGGCAUUUCAGUGUUGUGUAUUUUCUUGCAUGUAUGUUGGGGAGGGAGGGGUUGCUUUUAUUGAUGCUGUAAUAACAUCCGAUUCUCUGAACCAAUUAUUGUGAUUAGAUUUCCUAAUUCCCUGUUUAUUUCAUAUGCUUCCUAACAUAUUUUAUAAUUGUGUGGGCGGUGAGGGGGUUUUGAAUGACUUUUCACUGUGUCCUUUGAUAUAUGAUAUGUUAUUAAAUGUUUAGCACGGAUCACAUAGACCUAUCCACUCUAUGCAACCUAUCUCUAUACUGCCUUAAUGCCCUGACUAAAAGCAAUGAUACUAGAAUAUGUGGAUGUGGCGCUAGAUUUCUUUUUGGAGGUUUUUGAUUAAAAAUGUUGGUUUUAGCUCUAUAUGAAAAAGGCAGUUAUAUAUAUUUUUCAUCCUCAAUGUAUUAUGUGCUUUCUAAUAAAGGUUUGAUAUUAUAUA